AUGGCCUGGGCAAGGAUCCAGCUCUUUGCUUUCGGCCUGGCCUUAUCCGGCGGCUCUGGGGUGCUCGCGGCCACGCUUCUGCCCAACUGGAAGGUGCACGUGGACGGGGGCUCGGGCAUCAUCACAGCCCUGGUGCAGAUGCAGGGGCUGUGGAUGGACUGCACGUGGUACAGCACUGGCAUGUUCAGCUGUGCCCUCAAGUUCUCCAUCCUGGCCCUGCCCGCCCAUGUGCAGGCCGCCCGGGCCGCCAUGGUGCUGGCCUGCCUCCUGUCCGCACUCGGGAUCUGCACAUCCACCGUGGGGAUGAGCUGCACGCGCCUGGGAGGGGACCCCAAAACCAAAAGCCACGCUGCCUUUGCCGGCGGGCUCUGCCUUCUGUCCGCGGGGCUCUCAGGCCUCAUCCCCACAGUGUGGUACACCCAGGAGAUCAUAGCCGAUUUCCUGGACCCCAUGGUGCCCGAGGGCAGCAAGCAGGAGCCCGGGGGUGCACUCUAUGUGGGCUUCGUGGGGGCUGCACUGCUGCUGGUCUCGGGGCUGCUGUUCUGCGCGUCCUGCUUGCGCAUGAAGCCACAGGCCUGGGUCCAGGCGCCUGGGCAGCCGGACAGCGAUCCAUCGUAUGAUCGCAAGGAUUAUGUGUGA